AUGGUUAAGAGUAAAACUAAUAAAGAAAUCUUUAGGAAAUUGCUUCCUUUCUAUUUCAAUAUUAUUAAAAGGGGAGAAUCAUCUGAAGAAUUAUUAAGUUAAAUAAAUUACAAUAUAUUUGCACAAAAUAAAAGUCAAAGUAAUGAAACUUUAAACCUAAAAUCUCUAUUUUAAUUACUUUACAAUAAUUCAGAUAAAGAGCUUUAAAUGAUUCUAUUAAAAAUUCACUCAAAAUAUCAUCCUGUCCCUUUGAUUUAUUAAAAUCCUUUAUUAGAAAAAGAUAAAACUUCAAUAAAAGACUUAUAUGUAUUCAACAGAAAUAUUUUCUAUCUUUUAUCAAAUGAUUUUCCAAUAAUUUAAGUUAUUUUAUAUUGA